CCCAACUUGAACCGUCCACUCACCUGCCCGCGCCAAUCGCGACGUUGUGACAAUCAGUAUUGCCAUAUCUCACGCUGCAUAUACACUCAUUGCCCAUAUCGAUGCGUCUUCUCAUCCUCGGCGGUACCGGCCCCACUGGCAUUAAGACGAUCGAAGAGGCGCUAGCAGCCUCCCAUACAGUGGUCAUCUAUGCCCGCUCACCUGGAAAGAUACCCGACGCGAUCGCCACCGAUCCUGCGGUGACCAUAGUCGAAGGGCAGCUCACCGACCGCGAGAAACUCACCGAGGCAAUGCAGGGUGUCGAUGCCGUGCUCUCUGCGCUCGGACCGUUGGGGCCCUUCCACCCCAGCGACACACCUCUCGCCCACGCGUACAGCCUCGUCAUCGACGCGAUGAAGAAGCAGAAUGUCGCCCGCCUCAUUGCGCUGGGCACGGCGAGCAUGAAGGACGAGCACGAUCGGUUCAGCAUCGCCUUCUCCGCUCUCGUCAAUUCGGUCGCUAUCUUCGCGCGUGGCGCCUACAAGGACGUCGUCGCCAUCGCCGAAGUGAUCAAGUCGGAGGGGGCAGAGCUGCAGUGGACGAUCGCACGGGUGCCCGUGCUGACCAACCACGAUACGAAGGAGGUCGUGGCAGGAUAUGUCGGCGAUGGGAAGACGAAGACGACGCUCGCCAGAGCUGGCUUCGCGCAUUUCGUCGUCACGGAGCUGGAGAAAGGGGAAUGGUAUCAGAAGAUUCCUAUGAUUUCGUCACCUUGAGUUGCAUCGAACGAACCAUAACGGGCCUUCAGGUCAUUUUCCUCUGCCAUCAUUCUCCUUCGCCGCUGGAAAUUAUGCAUUGUUCUUGUAUUUUGUUUGCGAACUCCCCAAGGAUUCGAGAUCAAGUCGAGGCGCAGUCAUAUAUAAACCACCAGGGGGCAUCCAGGGGCAGCAAGCUACGAACAUUGGGAAUGAGAGCGAAACGAAGAGACGAGGGACCUGCGCCGAAUUGGAAUUCAUGAGAGCGUCCACGCCAUAACAACGUCACGAGAUCUGUGACAGAACGCGUCGCGUCGAGACUCGACGACGAGUCGCAAACGAG